UCUUCUCAAAUCUCAAUCACACAGCAGUCCCGAUUCCCGAACGUCUGCUCACAACUCACAAAUCACAACCCUCGUCGGCUCGUCGCCGUCGGCUCACCGCACACACCACAGGUCCACAAGACCCACAACCCUCGUCGGCCGGCUCGUCCUCGUCACAACCCACGAUUCAAUCAAGGAGUAAUCGACCAACACGGCAACAUAGCCAGCACUCAAACUCUCAAACCGUAACACUCAAACCCAGUCGUCUUCUCUUCUUCAUCGAAUUGCAGCAGUGAGCCACAGCCACCGGUCGUCUUCUUCGAGCCUUCGAGAGGAUAAGCAAGUGCAGAUAAUGGGAAAAGCCUCGAGAGAUAAAAGGGAUAUCUACUACCGCAAAGCAAAAGAGGAAGGUUGGCGGGCACGGAGUGCCUUUAAGCUCCUUCAAAUUGAUGAGGAGUUCAACAUCUUCGAAGGAGUCAAGCGUGUGGUAGAUCUAUGUGCUGCACCUGGUAGCUGGAGUCAGGUUUUGAGUCGGAAGUUGUAUCUUCCAGCUAAGCUAUCAUCUGAUUCAAAAGAUCRUGAUCUUCCACUCAUUGUGGCUAUUGAUUUACAACCCAUGGCUCCAAUCGAAGGUGUUAUCCAAGUGCAAGGAGACAUAACAAAUGCUCGAACAGCUGAAGUGGUCAUUAGGCAUUUUGAUGGAUGCAAGGCUGACCUAGUUGUCUGUGAUGGUGCUCCUGAUGUAACUGGACUACAUGACAUGGAUGAAUUUGUUCAAUCACAAUUGAUAUUGGCGGGGUUAACUAUCGUAACUCACAUACUCAAGAAUGGUGGAAAAUUUAUUGCAAAGAUCUUCAGGGGAAAGGACACAAGCCUCCUAUAUUGCCAGUUAAAGUUAUUUUUCACAGAAGUAACUCUUGCAAAACCAAAAAGUAGCCGAAAUUCAAGCAUAGAGGCAUUUGCUGUUUGUGAGAAUUAUUCACCUCCUGAAGGGUUCAACGAGAAAGAUUUGCAUCGACUCCUUGAGAAGGUUGGAAGUCCAUCUGGUGCAGACGACUUAGGACAAGCCUUGACUUGUCUUUGCCUUGGUCCAAAAUUUUCUAUUUAAUGUAACAAAGUUCUAAAAUUUCCUUCUUCUUAUACCUAUUUUGACCGGUAAACUGUUUAUCAUGUAAUAUUUGAUGACAUUGAUGUCAAGUUUACCGUCCACUUUGCCGUAACCAUUUCGUAAACAGGUAUCUACAUCAUCAUAUGUUACAAGAUCAACAUGUUAUCACUUAAAAAUGGGUAUAAAAUAUGAAAAUUUGAAACUUCAUUACAUGGAUUGAGAGAAAAAAGAUCUUCGUUACACUAAAUAAGAACUAAACUAGACUUUGUUGCAUUUUGAUGCAUGUUACUCUUUUAGCUAUAACAUAUCAUUAUGAAUUUAUUAAAUAUAAACAUGUGUAAGGUUAUAACAGCCAGAAGAUCUAAUGUGUAUGCACCUUUUAAUGUUAAAACUGAAGUUGUGUGAUUGA